AUGGCGGAUCUGCAGGAGCUGUUUGCUCGUCUUCACAACGGGCAAGGCGCUGCUGGCAACCACCCACAACAACAACAACAAGCACAACACGGCCACCACCAGCCCUCUGUAUCCUCCCCUCUGUUCUCCCCCUCCAUCGGCGGACCCCAACCGCACCACCAUUCGGCCGUCAUGUCGCCCAACAUGUCGACUGCCAACACGCCCGCGCCCGAACAGUCGCAGCAGACACCGCAGCAGCAGUCGGCCCAGCUUCUGAACCUGCUCCGCUUCAACGCGCAGCCAGGCGGAGGUCCGGCCAGGACUGCCUCGCAGCACACACACACGCAGGCCUCCGAGGGCAGCCUUGCCCGCAGUCGCACCGUCUCAGCCUCGAACCUGAUGGCCAGCCUCAUGGGCAACAGGACACCCUCGCAUGCGAGCUCAGUUGCUGCCCCACCCGCGCCUGCGCCUGCUCCUGCGCCUGCACCUGCUCCCCCAGCGUCGGAGAAUCCUCAGGAUCUGCUCCUUCGUCUGUUGAACCACCCGAAGCCCGCUCAGUCGGACGGUCGCUCGUCGCGAGCUUCUGCCGCUACCUUUUCGCCGCCUGCCAUCUCCACCGAGCCAGAAACGGCCGUGGAUGCUGUGCCAGAUCCGGCUGCCGCCGAGUCGGAGCAGGAGCAGGAGUCAUCCGACCCCGCUACUGCAGCAGCGCCUUCUGCGUCACCCUCCGCGUCGCCCAUGAGGCUGUUCGGCUCUGAUGACACGGGCGCCUCGUCGCGUUUCCAGCCAGAGGCGGCCACUCUCCCUGUAAAGUUCACCUACGUGAACCCCUUCGAUCAGCUUGCUGCUGCUAGCCCUCGCAACCGCACGCCUGUCCCCGAAGCAACCAAGGCCCCGCCGCCGAAGAUGGAGAUCCUCAAGAAGCAGCCGGCACCGACUCCACACGAAACUGUGGCCGAGGCCGUGAGCGACUUGGGCGAGCAGGUUGGCCAUCAGAUCGAAGAAGCGCUUGCGGAGGCUGAGAGCAAGUCCAUUGCACACCUCGCUAAGGAGAUUGACAACUUGUCCUCCGAAGACAUCGAAGUGGAAGAUAUCGCAGUCGACAUCGUUGCCAAGGUCAAGAUAGAAGCUGAAGAGGAUGACACUAACCUUGGAGCAAUCUCGACCAUUCCACUUACUGCCGCUACCUUGAAAGAGGUCGCUGCUGAAAUCGCUCAAGGCGACGUGGCCGAGAACUGGGAGACCGCCGAAGCUGAAGAGAGCCUUGCGCAGGGCGAAGACCAGACGGUAAUAGUCUACAGGUUCCCCAUGCGCGCCUUCGCUUCUAUCCAGGUCAAUGUCAUGCCACCUCGACCUCUAUACUUCAGGCCUGAGCUGUUCAUGGACAUUGCCAGGCUGAAGAAGGAGUUUGACCAGAUCGAUCGCUCUCUGGUUGCGGCCAGUAAGAGCUUCAUUGUUUACGCGCUUGUCAAGAAGGGUGGAUUCCGCAUCAUCCGCCAGGAGAAUGGCCAAUAUCGACAGGUCUUUGAAAACCUCCAGGAACGCAUCUUCAACAUUGCCCUGUGCACAACAGGCGAUGACACACAGCAGUCUCUUGAGAGCAUUCUCGGCAUUGGUGUCAACGGCACGGUCUUCUGGACAUCUCUCGAGCCCUCGCGCGAGGAUCAGUUCGGCGAGCAUCUCGAUACUCAAGGCCUCAUGCUACCCCCUUCGCCAUCGCAAGAUGAUAACACAUCCGGCGGCCAGUUGAAGACGCGCGCUAAGCCCUCUUCACGUCACCCCGAGUUCUUUGCUGUCGGCCGGGGCAAGUCGAUUCACAUCGUCUUUCCACGUGUCGCUGCAGAGUAUGCUCGCCAGAAGACCCGCAUCUGCCACACAGAGAGGUACCUCAAGGAGCGCUCCCUCAAGAUCCUCACCGGUAAGGCUGGAAAGGACUUUACCUUCAGUGAGGACGACACCGUCAUCGUGUCUUUGGACAAGGCUGGUCGCAUGCGCUUCUGGGAUAUUCGUACUCUAACAGAACCCGAGCUUGGCAACCCCCGCGCCCCGGCUCGUCAAGUCGAAGUAUCUGAGACGCUGAUCGAGUUCAACACAACCUCCCCGACCGCCAAGUCGUGGCCUACUUCGGUCUUCUUCUUUGACAAGGACAAGCCGUAUACUAAGGGUAUUGCGCUGCGAUAUGUCAUGGUUGGCAUGAAGCAGAACCACUCUUUCCAACUUUGGGACUUGGGUCUCUGCAAGGCUGUCCAGGAGAUCAACCUCCCGCACGAGAAUGAGUCGGACGCUAUUUGCAGCGUUUCCUUCCAUCCAAAGACUGGCAUCAUGGCUGUCGCCCACCCCACGAGGAACUCGAUCUUCUUCGUUCAUGUUUCUUGUCCGAGGUACAACCUGCCCGUUCUGAGCCAGGCUCAAUUUAUCUCGCGCCUUGCGAGCAAGAACGAGAAAGGACACCAGGCGCUUCCUCCGGUCAACGCUACGGCUAUCAUGACGAGCAUCACGGAAUACUCUUUCGCAUCAAAGGGUCAGAUCAGGAGUCUGCACAUGCUCAACGAACCUGCACCCGCCGGUUCAGCAGAUCUCGAUGAUCCAGAGAACGCUGCCCUGUUCGAGCUUUACGCCAUGCACUCCAAGGGCGUUUGCGUGCUCCGAAUUCGACGAAGCGACCUUGGCUGGAAGAAGGAGGGUGAGCCUAUCCAUCCGAAGGACGCCGAGCAAGAGGGCGUUAUUACCAUCACACAAUUGAAACCGCCGCCUGCCCCCGCAGGCACAGAUGAGGCCUCGAAUGCCGGCGACGCGCCUGCACCACCCAAGUCCGUAUCUGACAGGUCUGUCCGUGACAUCUUGAAGAAGGACAGCAGUGUUGUGUCCAAGCAAUCCAUGAUGACGCCUGAGGCUGCUAUGCGUGCUUCUACUCUCGCUAAGGUCGAAAGCAAGCAGGAUGCUGCUCGUGCGGCCAUCAUCAAUGGAGGCGAGAAGUCUGAGAAGAAAAAGAAGAAGCGCUCCGCCGCGGAAUCUGCCUCACAAGCAUCCACCAUUACACGUGCAGCACCGCCGUCGUAUGCGCAAGCUGCUCAGACUAUUCCACAGUCAAGGUCACCCGCUCUGCCUGAGAUGCUUGCCUUGACCGCGUCGCCCGCUGCAGCGAUCGUUCCCCUUGUACCCGUCGCACCCGUUGAGCCAGAAGUAGCCAAGACUCCUGAGGUUGAAGCACCGGACUGGGCUAGGAAGCUAAUCAACAAGCAUCUCCAACAGACAGCCACAGCCACUUCCGCGCCUACUCCUGCCUCUACUACACCGGCUGCCGAGAUUGACGCCAAGCAGCUUGGAGGAAUCGUGGAGACCGAGAUCACAAAGGGCCUGUCCCGCGAACUGGACAUCAUGUACAAGCGGUUUGACGAAGACAAGCGCGUCAUGAAUGCGGCCAACGGUGCUAAGCAGGAGGCUAUCCUCCGCCUCGUCUCUAGCACCUUGACUGAGAACGUCGAGGGUGUCAUCAGGAAGAUGGUUGAUGAGAACAUUCGUAAUGUCUUGCUCCCAGAGGUCCUGGCAAAGACAUCUUCAACGCUCGAGCAGAGCAUCGCCAGCAACCUCAAGACUGCGCUGGGCCCUCAACUUUCGAAGGAAAUUCCGGAUGCCGUCUCACGAGCUCUGAAGAACCCUCAGCUGUUCCAGUCGUUGUCUGACCAAGUCGCGAAGAAGGUCACCGGAAACUUCGAGCCGAUCGUAGUUGCUGCUGUGGGAUCCGUCAUCACUCCCGCUCUGUCGAACUUGUCAAACGUCAUCGAGAGGCAGAUUGGUGAGCAGCUUCGCCACUCGCAAGCGCAGCGACGCGAGGAUGCUGUGAAGAUCACCCAACUCACCGAUACCGUGCACACUUGCCUCGAGACCAUCCAGUCCAUGGUUGCCACCCAGGCUGAGCUCCAAUUGCAAGUCUCGAAGCUUCAGCAAUCCCUUGUUCAGUCGCCAGCCCCUCCUUCGGCCCCCGCCUCGGUCCGCCCGUCUCCCCAAGCUACUCGCGCGCCAGUCAAGCAGAAGACCCCGGAGGAGUUGGAGACUGAAGCCAUCACUCGUCUUAUGACCGAGGGCAACUUUGAACAAGGUACUAUGCAGUGGCUGCAGUCCAACCGCACCAACGAGCUCUUCGACGCAAUCUUCGUUCGUUGCAACCCGGCCUACCUCAGCCAGGUCAGCCCGCUGCUCUCUCUCUCAACCGGUGCAGUCGUGUCCGAUUCUCUGGACCGCAACCUCCCAGAGAGGCUUGUCUGGCUCGAUGCCGUGCUCAAAAGCGUGAACCCCGCAGACGACGAGAUCCGAGACAUUGUCCCUAAGAUCAUGGACGUCGUGACUCAGCGCCUGACCACCGCCUACAUCAACCUCAACGAGAACACACCCGGCAACCCGCUUCUGCGCCGCAUCUCGGGCUUGGUCAAUCGCUGCAGCGAGAUGACCCGCGCCGCAGCCCAGCGCUAUUAA